GUCCCAGGCUUGAUACAUAUCAGUGCGGUCUCAAACAGUCCCGCCCCUGCCGUUAGCUCUCAGAGGCCCCAUACAGCCUUGGACGGAUGAGUGUCACCUUGACUUUCACCUCAGGGAACCCGGAAGGUGCCCACAUCACGUGCCUUCUGGUCACGCUUCUGCCUGCUGUUGCUAACCACAGUCAUGCCUCGCGGUCAGAAGAGUAAGCUCCGUGCCCGUGAGAAACGUCGCCAGGCCCGAGGUCAGGAACGGGGUCUCGGGAGUGCUCAGGCCACUGCAGCACUGGAAGAAGAGUCCCCCUCCUCCUCCUCGCCUGUUUCUGGGGGUACUCCCCCGAGCUCCCCUGCUGCAGGCACUUCCCAGCAGUCUCAGAGAGCCCGAUCCAUCAGCUCUCUGGCUGCAGCCGCUUUCUAUGCAAGUUCUGAUGAAAGUGCCGAGGAGGAAAAUCCAAGUUCCUCCCGAGCCCCACCCUCCCCUGAGAGCUCACGCAGAGAGCCUCUGACCAGGAAGGCAGGCAGGUUGGUGCAGUUUUUGCUGCACAAGUAUAGAAUUAAGGAGCCCAUUACAAAGGCAGAGAUGCUGAAGAUUGUCAACAAAAAGUACAAGAAGCGAUUCCCUGAAAUCCUCCGGAGAACCGUUGAGCACCUGGAGCUGGUCUUUGGCCUUGACCUGAAGGAAAUCAACACUAGCAGUCAGUCUUAUGUCCUUGUCAGCAAACUCCAUCUUCCUGACGAAGGGGGUCUGAGCGAUUGCAUGAGCUUUCCCAAGAAUGGGCUCCUGAUGCCUCUCCUGGGUGUGAUCUUCAUGAAUGGCAACCGCACCACUGAGGAGGAGAUGUGGGAAUUCCUGAAGGUGUUAGGGGUCUAUGAAGGAAGGAAGCACUUCAUCUUCGGGGAGCCCAGGAAGCUCAUCACUCAAGAUUUGGUGGAGCAAAAGUACCUGGAGUACCGGCUGGUGCCCAACAGUGAUCCUCCACGCUAUGAAUUCCUGUGGGGUCCAAGAGCCUACGCUGAAACCAGCAAAAUGAAAGUCCUGGAGUUCUUGGCAAAGGUCAAUCACACCGUCCCCAGUUCCUUCCAGGGCCGAUACGAGGAGGCAUUGAGAGAUGAGGAAGAGCGAGCUCGAGCCAGAGUUGCGGCCAGGGCCCGCUCCAGGGCAACGUCCAGCAGCUCCUCCCAUUCCUAGUGAAGUCUGAGGCAGAGUCUUCACCUUGAAGUUGAAAAGGGCUGUCAACCUUCUAAGUAAUGGGGGGCAAGGUGGGGCUGGAGAGAACACAAUAUAGCUCUUCUUUGUGUUCUAGUUAUUUAUAAGUAACUUAUAGAUUUACCUUUUUUCCUUUAUUUUUCCAUUGUGUUCCUGUUAAAAAGGUUUAUUUAGAUUCAGAAUCUGUUUAUGAAUAACAUGGCUCACACAUUUAUUGCUGUUUAUCAAGUUUGAGAGUAAUAGUUUUGUAUUUUGUAAAACAAAUUGAAAAUCCUUGCAUCUCUUAUUGUGAUCCAGCACCAGAAAACAUAGCAUUGGAAUAGAGAUCUUCUUUAAAAUGUGAAAGAGCCUCACAGUGAAAUAGUUGGGAUAACGAGAUAGUGCAAAAAAAAAAAAAGUAAGAAGUGGUUAAUUCUUAGUUUUCUUUAUUCAUUUUACUCUUUCUUUUGGUAAAAUUAAAAGAUAUAUACCUGGAUUUGCUUAGCUUAUUCAAGAAUGUGGGAGAAAAUAAA